GGCAUCAAGUAGAAUUAAUGUGAUGCACCUGGACAAUGGAAAUUCUUGUUCUGCAGCAGAGACAGAAGAUGCUGCAGUUGAGCUUUCCAUAAAGUUUAUACCUCAAUAUCCUGGACGAUAUCCUUGCCAAAUUCUUCUACAGUCCAAAUAUGACAUCCGGAUCUAUAACAUUGAAUGUGUGGUAAACACAGAUACUGUUGAAGCUGAGCUGGAGUUUGUAACUCCAGCAUAUCAAGCAGUGAUUCAAGACAUCCCAAUAACUAACAUGAGUCAACAAGAUUGGAAGCUUAAAGCCAAUUUAAAGGGAUGCUGUUUUUAUGGCCCUCCUCUCAUAUAUGUACCCCCAGGUGAAACAACUACUUAUACUCUUAUGUUCAAGCCAACUACUGAAUGCGUGACUAAGGGGAAGCUUAUUUUACAAAAUGAAGCUGAUGGUACAGAUCAUGUCUUUCCCUUGAUGGGGAUUGCAACAAAACCUUUGGCAUUGGAUCACAUUUUGAUAGACUGCCCAGUGAGGCAGAUUACACAGAAGAUCAUAAUGGUGCCUAAUUUUACCAGGAAUGAACUGAGAUACAAGGUGUCUUCAGAUCUUCUGAUAGUAAGCGGUGAUCCAACUCUAACUGUUGAACCUGGUGACACAGCUGCUUAUACUCUGAAUAUAUCUCCAUGGAAACGUGGAAAAAUUCAAGGUGUAAUUUCAUUUGUUGCUGAAGAUGGAGAACAGAAACAGUGUCAACUUAACUUCCUGGAGAAGACAGAUAGUGUCCAGGCAUUACAAACAGUCAACACAGCAAACACUGGGCAUAAUUCAGCCUGCUUCGAAGUGUGGUUUGCUUUGGAGAUAAAUUGCAUUGCAGCACUACCAGAAAAAACUUUGGACGUAGAAUGUGCAGCUCUGGAUACUGCUGUUAUUGAAAUUCCUGUAACUAAUUCCACAAAUGACAUUCUGAUGUUAGAUGUUGUGGUAGAUGUUGAUGUACUUAGUGGAGAAAGAAGUCUCCUUCUUCAACCAAAAGAAACAUUAUGCUAUGAAAUAAAGUAUUCUCCAGUUAGUACUGGCAGCUCAAAAGGAAGUGUUAUAUUCAUGUCAGAGAAGACAGGAGAGUUUUGGUAUGCACUGAGACUAAAGGCAGAGAAACCUUUGCCAAAAAAGUUGCCUGAAGUAGAGUGUGAGCUUGGAAAGUGGGUCCGUCAAUACAUUCCUUUGGUUAAUCCUACCUCUGAAAGUCUGGAACUGAAAGUUGUGAACAACAAUUCAGCCCAUUAUUCAUUGGAGACAGACUCCCCAAAUCUUUUGAUUGUAGCUCCUCAUUCCACAGCUGAAGUACCAGUUCAGUUUUGUCCUUCUGCACUAGGAAGAGCACGCCACACUGCAAAAAUCUCUUUCAUGUGCCCACAGCUUGAAGAAUGGAUAUUUCUCUUGUCUGGCGUUGGUCUGUUUCCGAAGCCCCAGGAGCCAGCUAGUGUAAGUGCUUGUCUGGGUCACCAUUCUUCUAUCAUCAUCACCUUCAGAAAUCCGACCUUCGAAGAUGUGCUGGUAGAUGUGAUUUUAACAGAUCAGGACUCGAAGCAUGUCAUACAUCCUCCCAGUGAAUCUGUUCUCCACCAUUCAUUCAAUAAGGAGUCUGUUUUCUGGCUACCUCUCAAACAAACAGAAGGAAUAUCUCUGCCUCCAAAAAGCAAGCUGGAUAUUCCUAUACUGUUUGCACCUCAGAGUAUGAAACUAUAUGAAGCUGCGCUAGUUAUUAAUGUUGAGAAAAUGCUUGGUGAAAACUGGUCUCUUGAUGAUUCCUUUGAAUUAAACGAGAAACUAAGCAGCAGCACUGUGAUACUUGAGAGUGGAGAAAUCAAAGCACUCCAAUGGAUCUACCCAAUACAUGGAAUUCCUGAAGCACCACUCAAUAAAUCAGCACCAGUGGUUCUUUGCUGUCAAGCCCGUAGCAGAGCAGAAGAAAGAGUAGAAGUGCUGCUAACUGGUGUCGUUCCUGGAGUGAGAGGUUCACAAAUAGUCAGAGACUCUGCAACCCCUUUGAACGCCAAGUCAGUCACUAUUCAAAAUGAAGUUCAAGUGACUGAAGGAUUCCUUACAGCAGAUGAAUUUUUGUAUGAAAUUAAGUUUGAAUCUGAAAGAGUGAAAUCUCAGCUAGGGUCUACGGUAGCUAUAAACCUGAUGGAGAAACAGUGGGAUCCAAAAACUGGAAUUGUGACCUUGAUCUUCAAUACAGUGUUUGCUCCUAACAAGCCAAUGAGGUAUCCGGCAACACUGGUGGUUCACUGCAUUACAGGAGGCAUUUGGAAGUUUCCAUUAUUGUUUGUUGCCACUGAACCAGAAGUUGAUGAUGUUAUCAAUAUUGAAGCAGCUGGUCUAAACAAGGAAUCUGUAAUUAGCUUUAGGCUUACAAGCAAGACAAGGUACACAGAACCUUACACAGCAUACUUCCUGCCAGGCAGUGAUCCAGAAUUUGUUGUAUCACCUAAAGCUGGAGAACUUCCUCCACUUGACACAGCAGGAACUCGCAUAACUAUUGUAUUCAAGCCUAAUAUGUACAGCAAGAAACACAGAGCAACACUGGUAAUACAGACAUCAGGAAUGCAAUGGAUGUAUGAGAUCAAUGGCCUGCCACCUCAGACCACACCACCUGCAGCAUCAGCAAAAGUUGUUUGUAGGAAUACAUAUGAGAAAUCCACAACCGUGCAACAACGCAACUUCAUACGUGAAAAUAUGAAGCUAUUAUCUACUGGUGUGUCCUCAACAAUCAAAGGAGCACCUCUAGUUUUAAGAGCAAAAUAAAAACAU